AUGGACGGCCUCGGGGAUGAUGGCCUGGGUUUCGACCCGAACCACAUGAUGAUGAACCAGCAGCAACAGCAGCAACAGUUCUUUGGCAGCUACUCGCAGGAUGGCUCCCAGAUGGCUAGCCUCGCGGGGUCGAUGUAUCCCGAUGAUUCGGCAUUGGCCGUGGGGGAUGACGCCAACGACGCAAAGCGACGAAGGAUUGCACGAGCGUGCGAUAUGUGUCGGAAGAAAAAGAUCAAGUGCGACGGCAAGAUGCCCAAGUGCUCGCACUGUAUCAACUAUAAGACGGAUUGUGUCUUUACUCAAGUUGAGAAGAAACGAAAUCCUCCGAAAGGGGCGAAAUACAUCGAGGGUUUGGAAAACCGCCUGGGCCGCAUGGAAUCCCUCCUCCGAUUGUCUGGUCUCCUCUCCGAAGACGAUAAUGGAAAGACAGAUCUAGGUAUACUGGAAAAACGACUCGCCGAUCGAACGAAUGUACUAAACGCGGCGAGAAAUGCGAACAAGUUCAACACCCCGAGUGCAACCCAGCAACAAUCCUCGACCUCUCACAGUACCACACCCCGCGUGGACUCCCAGUCCAGUCCCCAUACCGCCGCGACGUCCCCCGGCUCACAAAAAGAGUCCGAGACCGAGGUUGAAGCAUUGUCGGAUAUGAUGUGCUCGCUAGUGACCAAUAAUUGCGGCGAAACCCGGUACAUCGGCUCUUCAUCCGGAUUUUCUAUAUUUUCACCUAAGGGUAUCCAAUGGGUCAACGAAAAAACGGGCGACACGUCCUUCCAAGAUAUGAUUGCCUCAGCGUACGUCGAUGACAAUAAGUGGAUGUACUGGAAGCCGGAAAUUUUCAGUGACAUCUUUGCGCGGCGCGUAUUCAAGCCACUCCCUCCCAAAGAAGAGGCUCUCUCCUUGUUCAAGGACUUUUUUGAGAAUUUCAACUGCAUGUUCCCACUUUUCCACGAAGCAACCUUUAUGCAUCUGGUGGAGCGACAGUACUCGCGGGACCCGUACGAGGGCUCCGGUUGGUGGGCAAGUAUCAACGUUGUUUUGGCAAUCUCCCACCGCUUGCGAGUGAUGAGCAACUUGGUGCCCCAAGAAGAAGAUAAGAAAGCAUGGUUGUAUCUGAAGAAUGCCAUGGGCGUCUUGACUGAAUUAACAAUGCGUAACACGGAUCUCCUGAGUGUUCAAGCGUUGCUUGGCAUGUCUCUGUUCCUUCAGGGUACCCCCAACCCCCAACCGGCAUUCUUCUUGGUUGCCGCGGCUAUCCGUCUGUCCCAUAGCAUUGGCUUGCACAAGCGAGGCUCUGGCUUUGGUCUGAAUCCGGUAGAGGUAGAACAACGGAAGCGAGUCUUUUGGGUGGCCUAUUGCCUUGACAAAGACAUUUGCCUACGUUCCGGGAGACCACCAGUACAGGACGACGAUGACAUGAAUGUCGAUCUCCCAAGCGAAGACCCUCCAGAUAACGUUGGACAUGUGCCCCUCGCCGACGGCAGAGGCAAAUUUAAUCUCUUCAGAUCUCUCUGCGAAUUCGCUACCAUCGAGAGCAGAGUUUACAAGAAACUGUAUUCUGCAAAGGCUUCUAAACAGUCCGACGGCGAAUUGCUCAACACUAUUGGCGAGCUAGAUAAGGAGUUGGAGGAUUGGAAGGACAAUAUUCCCAUCGACUACCGACCUGAACAUGAAAUUCAGGCCACACACGGACCACUCCUCAUCCACGUCGUCGUUCUUCACUUCGCCUACUACAAUUGCUUGACUACCAUCCACCGCAUGUCUGUGCACCAUGGUUAUUGGACCAGCCGACUAUCAAAUUAUGCCAUUCAAGGCCUAAAUGCCCGGCCAUUGAAUCCCAGAGUCUUCUUGUCCGCUGUCUUGUGUGUCACUGCUGCACGGGCCUCGAUCAAUCUUAUCAAGUAUAUUCCGCAGGGAGACUUUGCUUGUGUCUGGUUGAUUCUUUACUAUCCAGUGUCCGCUCUUGUCACACUAUUUGCUAAUAUUCUGCAAAACCCGAACGAUGCUCGUGCUCGAUCAGAUGUUAAAUUGAUGAACGUGGUGGUCAACUUCCUUUCCACGUUGGUUUCCGACGAAUCAAAUGGCAGCAUCAAGCGCAUGCUUGGGCUGUGUGGUGAAUUCGAGAGAAUUGCCAAGGUCGUUCUCGAUAAGGCUGAAAAAGAAUCUCAUGCCCGGAAAAAGCGAAAGGCCGCACCGGAUGACUCUGCUGCGCAAGAGUCAAAUAAACAAAAUCCCCAAAUGUCUCCCUCGGCCAAGCCCGCAAAAGCCCCCCAAACCACCCCCUUCUCACCAUCAAUGUUCGCCAGUCCCUCUGCUGGGGUGUCUUCGCCUAUUGAACAGAAGGCCUUCGGCACCGACCCUUCCAUGCCUCCAAGCUCCAGUAUCUCCAAUGACUUUGCGAGCAACGUUCAUGCCAUGUCUGGCUUAGGGCAGGACUUCCAAGACAUACUUAGCCCUGGCGUCGGGUUCCCCGACCAAGCCUUCAGGCCUACUAGUCCCAUGGGACCUUUCCAGCAGCCGUUCGUUCCACAAGAUCUUUGGCAGAUGCCAAUGACCAUUGAAUGGGACUGGGCAGACAUGUCAACUAAUUUUCCUGUCUUUGAGGGGGCCGGUGCCAAUGGCCAGCACCCACAGUGA